AUGGCGGCCUCAACCAAAAAUGGCCAGCCAGGACGAUCCGCAAGCGUCGCAUUUACAAAUACACCAGGAAACAAUGCAUCCAUACUGUUAGAGAAAACUCGACCAGGUGUCCGCCGUUCGACACCUGAUUCUGAUGCCCUUGCUUCCUCCGAUGACGAAGUUGAUCAUCAUCAUCAGACUCAAAACCAACCCACACCCUUAGCAAACCAACGUCGCCGUACAUCUUGGCUUAAUGAAGUGCCCAGCACUCUCAUGAGGAAAGCUUCGCUUCCUGUCACCAGCUCUUUUUCUCCAGUCAGCUCCAAUCCUACCACUCCCGCAGCAGAUCAAGCAUCAUGGGGCACUGCUACAAGCCCCGGGGUUACCACAUCGGUUACCUGGGGAACUGCAUCUGGCACCGGAUCUUUCCCAUGGGGUACGGGUAUUUGGAACACUGAAAAUCGAAAGGAACCACCUUCUCGCAUGGUAGAGGUGCUUCAAUCUCCUACCAGUUCCCACCCCCCGAACCUGAUUAGCACUUCAGGUGAAGAUCAGAGCGGCACUACCGCACACCAAGCAUCUGGGGAUCCUCCGAUCCCAUUUGCCAUACCGCUUCAUCCCACCCCCAAAACGUAUCGCUCACAGUCAUACUCCGUUGGACAACUGGACCCCGAAUCGAACAGCAUGCCCCCUCCCCUGGCUACUUCCAAUAAGCCCACUCCACCACUUAGCCGCAAUAGGCCUGCUGCACCGUAUUCAGUUCAGCGUCGCUCAUCUCGCCCCAGCCUGUUGGAAUUAGGGCAUGACCCCGCUACUCUGGGGCGUGUCCGGGAAGACGAUGACGACAUUAGCCCCAGCGGCAUGGAGUCCAGCAAUAAUAACUGGGCUUCUAAUCAGGCACGGACGAUCGAGCAACUCACUCUGGAGAACGCAAUGUUGCGUCAAGCUGCCUCAAGCCAAGCUGAAAGUGCGAACAGAUUCCGUGAUCGUACUCUCUCAUCAACCUCUGCCACCAGCGGCUAUUCCAUGGCCCAAGCCCACAAGCUUCACCCCAUACAAGGCAGUGUCCCUGAAGAAUCUGACCUCGCCAUUGAUGAUUUGGACGAUGGGGGUGGCUUUGCAGGCUACAACUCCCGCAACAAUGCACGCAGACGCUUCAGUGAGCACUCAACUAAUUUGGAAAAGCAGUUCCCUACCUUUGCAUCCUUAGAGAACCGUACUUUGGAAAACAUCAAAAGAGCUCAGUGGCAGAGUUCACUUGGUUUCGGUAGCGUCUCGGAUGUACCCCAGAGUCGUCGCCAUUCUUUUGCUGAUACGUUGACGAGACAUGCAUCAUCAUCUUUCCCAUCAUCUACCGAAACCCGUGCAUCGGCUGGUUCGACAUCUUCACUAUUAACCCGUGAUGACGGAAAUUUCGCAGACAAUGGUUUAAAUACCUCAUCUGCGGAGAUUGCACCGUACGCACCCGGACAAGAUGCCAUCCCAUCUUCCGGAAUAUCAACUUCUCUUCACCAAGCUUACGUCAUGCCCAAUGCUUUCGGACGCCAACAUGCUGCCCUAGGACAGCCUCAUCAAAACCAGCAGCUCUUCAUUGUCACCUUCAAAUGUUACCGAGCAGAUGUCUUCUAUAUCCAAGAGGGCACUGGGCUAGAAGUCAAAGCUGGGGAGCUUGUCAUCGUCGAAGCUGACCGAGGCACUGAUUUAGGUACUGUUGCCCAUGCUAAUAUUAGCUGGGCCAAAGCCAAAGAACUCAAGGACCAUUAUGCUGAGGAACAUUAUAAAUGGUUGAUGUUGUUCUCGCGUCAGAACCAGGCUGGCGGUACUGCGCCUAUCAACCCUGGUGGAGCUCCCGCUUUAGGUGGCGCCCCAGGUAGCGCAGUCGGGGGUAUGGGUCCUCAAUCUCAGCAUACGUCCCAAGAACCACAAGCCACGGAAAUAAAACCUAAAUUGAUUAAACGACUGGCUCAAAAUCACGAGAUCCAAACCCUCCGUGAUAAGGAAGGGAAUGAAGCCAAGGCCAAACGGGUGUGCCAGCAAAAGGUGGCAGAACACCGUCUUAACAUGGAAAUCCUGGACGCUGAAUUCCAAAUGGAUUGGAAGAAGCUGACCUUCUACUACUUUGCUGACUCUUACAUCAAUUUUAAUUCGUUGGUGACAGACCUUUUCAAGAUAUACAAGACACGUAUCUGGAUGUCCGCCAUCAAUCCUGCUUCAUUCGUCACUCCUUCUCCUGGAUUACCAGCCCCCGUCCCUAAUGCUGGACUAAUGGGAUACGGGCAGGACGCCCACGCUGACCGACGUCGACAGCCUGACUUUGGGCAGUAUAGCGGUAUCAAUCAAGGCAUAUCAGGCCCAUACUCCGAUCCCGCUAACAGGGACUCUGUGCAGUCGGGGAUGCGUCCACCUUAUUUAGAUCCAUACCACACUUUCGGUGUUGCUAGACAACCCGAUACUGGGUUUGGAGCCGGAAUUCAACCCCAAACCGACCCAUUUUCAUCAUACCCGCAACCCAGCUAUGGCAUGAUGGACCCUAAUGCUGCUGAAUUUGGCCGACUUAAUGUGGGCGGCCAUAGGGCUCACCCAGCUCAGAAUGAAUGGACUAACCAAUUCCACAGCCUGUCGCUUAAUUCCUAA